AUGUAUCCAUUCGAAAGAUUUAUGGGAGUCUCAAAGAGGGCAGUGGCAAAUAAGGCUAGAGUUAAAGGUUCCAUAUGCACCGAUUAUAUACAUCAUGAGGAAAAUUACUUUUGUUCUCAUUAUUUCAACUCAUUCGGUUUGUUGCCAAACACAACUAUUUGUAACAAUCCUCGUUCAGACCAUGAUGACAUCCUACCUACAAUGUCCCUCCUACACAGUGGUGGUUGA